AUGCUACAAAAAGCAUCUCGUCCACCGAUUUGUCCUGUAUUUGGUGCCAUCUUGCUGAUGAAGAACGCCGCAGAUCUCGAUCUGUCCCCUGAGAAGCCGCUCUGUUCAUUAUCAAACUCCUGGAUGCUAGCCGCUCAACAUGCUGGCCACGACCAGCGUCUGUAUACUACGCACUCGCUCAGAAUUGGAGGAGCGACAGCAUUAUUCCGCGGUGGAGCUGAGCCAACGACAAUCCAGUAUCACGGGCGAUGGCGAUCUGAAGCUUAUCGCCGAUACACACGAAACCCAGAACAGCGCACAAGACGGCUGACUCAACUGAUGGCUAGUGAGCUAACAAUGUCUACAGCAACUAUUGUACUCGGAUGCUCCUCGGCGUGA